AUGGUGCCAAGCCAGAUUCCCGUUAAACGCUGCGCCAGGACGUCGAGGAGAUUGUUGGGUUCUGGGGGAAAAUGCCACACAGCAACCCCUACAGUAGUCAGGAUCUCUGUCUUCCACUGGAGGUGGUGCUGCCGGCAGAUCCUCGAGCACCGCUUAAUGUGUCACCUGACUGCAGCCCGAAGACUCUUGAAUGCAUUCAUGGUCAACGUCGACUUUACAGACAGUGUUGAAGCAUUGGGCGACUGUUUCCUUGACAAACCAACUAGCAACUGCCGUCGAGUGAGAGCGCAUCACGAAGGCCAAGAGACAAUGAGACUCCGUAGAAUGAGGUCUAGCGACCGGUCCUGCGGAACUAGCAGACUACUUGCCUAA